CACAUUCAACUUAUGAUGCCGCCAUGUUUAUUGCUGAAGUGGUACGUUAGAUGGAAAUAUAAACGUGAUUAAAAAUGAAUAGUUUUUAGAAGGUUAACUUUUAUUUUUUUGUGUUUUAUGUGAUUGAAAUUUCUACAGAAUUUACUUGGUUCUAUAUAUAGAAAUGGAUAGAAGAGCUAUACGCAACAAGAAGCAUAAACCACGCAAUGUGAGGCCAUACGAUCGCCCAAAUCAGGGCAUUCUUGGGAAGGUUGCAUCAAAAAUGAAAGGCCUUCUAAAUCCUUCUUGGAUUUUUAGUGUUUCACAAUGGAUGUCCUCCUCUCAAGAACAGCCUGCUUCAACUGAUGCUCCUGAUGAGGAAUCAAAUGAUGAAGAUGAAGUACCAUCUCAAAUACCUACUACUGUAUCAUCCACAACACAUGGAAGUAAAAGGCCAAGGUUACGGUUACAUGAACCUGCUCCUUCAAUUUUAAGUGAAGGGACUCAAACUUGGUUAGAUGCAUCUUCAUCUAACUUAUUUAAUCCAUCAUCUCAUUUACCAUCUACUAUAACACAAAAUACUUUGGUAGAAAACAAAGAAUCUCCUGUUAUUAUGAAUGGUGAUGAUCAUUCAGAAAACAGUGAGGGCUCUGCUUCUACCAGUGGGUGUUCAUCUCUAGUAUCAUCUCAUAAAGAAAGAUCUAAUUGCUUAGGGCCUUCAAAUUUGAGAUUGAGUGAGUCUGCUCUUGCUAAUCUACGAGGGACAUUAAAAAAUACUGUAGAUUUAAAAAGAAGGGAUCUUGCAUCUCAGAAAGAAGGAUUUUCUUCUCCUAAUACAAGUGCAAGUAGAUUGUCUUUGUGGUCUGGAGGCUUAAGUCCAGUUUCAAAAUUCAAUCGAAGAUCACCUUCAGUUGCAAAUAGUAGUCAACCUGCCUUUAAUGUGAAUGCAUUUGUUGCCCCUUCGAAGGUAAAUCAACAAAUUGACAGAAAGCUUGCAUCACCCUUUUAUCGAGGGAAAACAUCAUUUGGUGGUGCAUCUUCAACUCUAAAGAUGCCAGUAAGCACUGCCCCUUAUCAGAUUGAAAGGCCAUCUAGGAAUCAAAUCAAAGUCCGUUCUAAUCAACCUGAAGACAGUUUAGAAGGAAUGAGUUCUGCAGCUAAAAGAAUCUUGCUUACUUUAGAAAAGAUGUCUUCACCUGUCAUUGAUGUAAAAAAGAUACCCAACACUAACAAGUCUCCAGUUGAUUUAUCUCUAUAUAUGAUGCCUCCUAAACAUCGCAGCAAUGUUGUGUCAACUCCUGCAGGUACACCCAAAGGACCUCCUAUAGCCAAUAUAAGUUCUAUAUCUAAAUUAACAACUUUGAAAAGUUGUGGGAUGAGAAAAUUCCAGAAUUCUACAAUGGAUUCUCUUCCUCUUCCAUCUGAAGAGAAAAAUAAAGUUCCUGCUGAUAUCUUCCAAACAGAUUCAUUACAACAAAUACCACUUGCUAAAGGUGGUGGUAAAAUGAAAAGCAAAAUGCUUAAACAACAUCAACCUAGUGCUGGAAGUAGCUCUUUUGAGCAGUUGGAACCUGCACCACUGCCCAAUAUACCACUUUCCAUCUCUACAUUGCCUACAUUUAGCUUUGGACCGAAGCCUGACAGAAGUUCAGAAAUUCUCAAUAAAAUUGGAAAUGAUUUUGUUUUCUCCUCUCCUAUUGAAGUAUUGCCUAAAGUACCUGUGCAUAAUAAUAAUCUUACUGUGAUCCUUCCACCUGGUAGUUGGGAAUGUUAUGUAUGUCUAGUGAGGAAUUCUUCAGAUAAACAGAAAUGUGUAGCUUGUGAAGCAGCAAGACCAUCUAAAACAAGUUCGUCAGGUCUGACAGAUUCAAAAAGUUUCAAGUUUAGCUCGCCCAUAACUUAUGAAUUCAGUUCAUCUUCUACUUCUCAAACAACAACAACUUCAACUUUUACAUUUAGUUCUAGUUGCUCAGCAACAAGUUCUUUCUUCACUCCUGUUACAAGUUCUGUUACGUCUGUGAACAACACAACUGAACAGAAAGCUCCACCAUUAAUUGAAACAUCUACUCCUAAACCAUCUAUUUCUGAAUUUAAGUUGUCUGUGUUUAAUCCACCUGGUAGUUGGGAAUGUGAUGUAUGUUUAGUGAGAAAUACUUCAGAUAAACAGAAAUGUGUAGCAUGUGAAACGCCAAGACCAUCUAAAACAAAUAUGUCAGGUACAAAAGACCAGAAAGGUUUCAAGUUCAAUUCGCCAUUAAAUUAUGAAGUGAGUUCAUCUUCUACAUCUCAAACAACAACAACAACUUCAACUUUCACGUUUGGUUCUAAUUCCUCAGCAACAAGUACUUUCUUCACUCCUGUUUCAAAUGCUGUCACAUCUGUGAACAGCACAUUGGAGCCUAAAGCUGCCCCUUUGAUUGAAACAUCUGCUCCAAAACCAUCUAUUUCUGAAUUUAAGCUUCCUGUCUUCAAUCCGCCUGGUAGUUGGGAAUGUGACGUGUGUUUAGUGAGAAAUACUUCUGAUAAACAGAAAUGUGUAGCAUGUGAAACAUUACGACCAUCUAAAACAAAUAUGUCGGGUUUGAAAGAUCCUGGAAGUUUCCAGUUCAAUUCUCCCAUAACUUUUAAAUUUGGUUCAUCUAUUAUAACUCUAACAACAGCAGCAACAACAACAACAGAAACUUCAACUUUUACAUUUGGUUCCAGUUGCUCAGCAACUAGUACUUUCUUCACUCCUGUUUCAAGUACUGUCACAUCUGUGAACAGCACAAUUGAACCUAAAGCUACGUCAUUGACUGAAACAUCUAUUCCUAAAUUAUCUGUUCCUGAAUUUAAGUUUAAUGCACCAAAAGUGCCAUCACUGGACAAUUCAAAACCUGAUAUACCUGUCAUUGAUCUUGUGGACAAAAAUGAAAAUGCUGAUGUCAUUGAUCUGGUGGACAAAAAGGAAAAUGCUGAUGUUGUUGAUCUUGUGGACAAGAAGGAAAAUGCUGAUACUAAACCAUCAUUAUUCAGCAUACCUGAGAGCAAUAGUAGUAGUAAUGAAGGAAAUUCAUUGCCGGCUAUAACAAGUAGUAGUAACUCUGCCUUCAAAAUACCCUCUUCUAUAAUGGGAAAUACAAGUUUUACAUCAUCUGCUUGUACCGAAAAUAAAUUUACCUUACCGGUUCCUGUAAAGACAAAUAUUUCAGAGGUAGAUUCUAAAGUUUCUGAUUCUAAAAAGAUGGAAAGUGUCUCUUCUGAUCAGUUAAAAAUUGCCCCAAUUGGUGGUUUCAAUUUCAAAAUAUCGUCUUCAGCUACAUCAGCUUUUGGUGCAGCAAAUUCAAAUGCUGACAGAAACAAUGCUUCUCAAGUGAAGAGUAUUAAUGCUGAAAAAAAGCCAGAUCCUAUUUUGGGUAUAAAUGUGUCAACCCCAUCUCUGUCCACACCCAUCUCAAUAGCAACUUCUUUUCCUUUAUUUAAAACUGGAGAUAAAGUGGAGACUGCAAAGACAAGUGAAGCGUCAGCUAUAAAAAAUAUUUUUGCAUCUUCAAUUGGCUCAAGUUCUACAUCUACUACACCUACAUUCAAUUUUAGUAGUACUCCUAUUUCAUUAUCAGGGUUGACUUCUACUUCAUCUCAAUCUAGUGUAUCUCUGGCUCCUACCCAGACUCAGGCAUUUGGCAAUAUGGUUAAAAGUCAAGACGUGAAAAGUGGUGUAUCUGUGCCAUCUUUUGGUCCUGCUACUACAGCCAGUACUUUUACGUUUGGAACUCCAGCUGUUACCACAACUCAAUCCAAUCCAUCCUCUGGUUUUUCAUUUUUUACUUCAAAUGCAGCAAAUACUGUUUCAGCAAGCACUACUACUGCUUCUAGUGUGUUCAUGUUUGGUAAUUCUAGUACUUCACAGGCAUCCACCACUGGUGGUUUUACAUUUAAAGGUUUGAAUGGUGAUAAGCCAGCUCUAGCACCUUCUAAUGCCCUUAACUUCAAUGCUCCUGCUACAACUUCUUCAACAUCUUCUAUUUUUGUAUUCAAUGCAUCUGCUCCUACCACUACUGCAGGUAGUUAUGUCUUUGGAGCUGUUAAAACAGAACCUGGAACCGCAAGUGCUCCAACUCCAUCUUUCGGAUUUGGAUCAAGUAAUGCACAAUCAACAAACUCUACAUUUUCUGGGUUUCAGACAAACCCUACAGCUACUCCUUUCCAGUUUGGUAGUCAGCCUGCAGCAAAUACUGCUCCUGCGCCAACUUUCGGGAGUGGUACAAGUACUUUUACAUUUGGAAAAACUGAAUCAACAAAUCAACUACCAACAACCCAAACAACAAGUGGAUUUGGCAUUAAUACAAUGCAGCCUAUGUUUGGAGGAACUACUGCACCAGCUUUUGGGAAAGCAGAAAAACCUGUAUUCAAUUUUGGAAUGCCUCAGGCUUCAAGUACACCUGUCUUCCAGUUUGGUGAAAAGAAGCAAGCUACUGCUCCUCAAUUUUCUUUUGGGACACCUGCUCAGGAAACUCCUGCUCCUGCUCCAUCUUCUUCAUUUCCCACUUCUCAAUUCAAUUUUAACACUCCAGCCUCUUUUAAUUUUGGAGCUGCUUCUACAACACAUCCUGGUCCAUUCCAGUUUGCAGCAAGUACUGAUUCUCAACCGUCAUCGGCUCCUCGCAAGAUCAGAAAAGCUGUCCGAAGGGUCCCUCGUAAAGAUUGAAAUAAUACUUUGUAAAAUCUACCUAGAAAUUGUACAGAAUAAUUAAUAAAAAGUGAUGCUAACAAGCCGUGAGGUGCCUGAUGCCAUUUUGAUGCAAUUCUGCCUCAAGAUAUAUUUCUAAAGCUGAUAUCUCAUCAGAAUUCUUGGUAGUAAGUGUCCUGCACUCCAGAAGGAAAUACAAAAGCUGAUGGCUUCAUAAAAACCUCCAGCAGUUAAAUUUCACUGCUUGAUUGAUAUACACAGCAUCUCAUAUCAGCAAUAUGGUUGAUAUUGUAUAUUUAGGCUCUAGCCUGCAAGUCAUGGGUUCAUAUUCCAUGACAAUAUUAAUUGUAAAUAUUCUUCAAAUUAUUCUACACUUAAAAUUUCAAAAAGUGACUUAUAAUGCAACUGAAUAUGCAAAAAUGGUUGUGUAAAAUAGUCAAGACAUAGUUGCAGGGAAUGGGUUUCUUAAACAUUCAAGUCUUUGACUUACUUAUUUAUAUGAAUUUAAAAACUAUUAUAGGAACCAACAACCUCUAUUAUGCGUGAUGUCUUAUAUUGGAAAAUAUAUGGCAGAAUUGGAAGCAUAAUUAUGAGUUUUAUAAUGUGUUGUAGUUCUGUUUUAAUCAUAUUGUUUGUUUUAAUGGAAUUUAUUAAAACUUCAUUUGGCUACUGAUUAGCUCUCAGUUAUUUGUACAAUAUUGUUUAUUUCUUACUGUGGGAAAGUCAAAGGGAAAACUGCUAUGAAAGUUGUGCCAUAGGCUUUUUGUGCAUUCUCAAAUAUAUAUACUAGCAACUUGACAGACUUCUUGAUAUAGAUGUAGAUAUUUUACUCAUCAUUUUUUAUACAAUGCAAGCUUGUGAAAAUUACCAAGAAAACAUUUCAAAACUUUAAAUAAAUUAUGACUUGAUUUUUUUUAUAAUGAAAGAGUAAUAGCAAAGUGAAUCAAAGCUACAAUCUUUAUUUCCCCUUCUCCUGUUUUUGGCUGAACUGCAUUCAAAGUGUUGUGAAGCAGAUUUCAUUCUUUUUUUAUAUUUUAUUAAGGAGAAAUCAUGUAGUUCUAGUGUGAAGUCAUGUUUUCAUUUUAUUUACUGUGCGAUUUUAGCAUGUUUUACAUGAGUCAUUCAAAUCACCGUAAAGAUUUUCAUUUUAGCGUUUGUACCUAUGACCCCUAGUCAUGGUCAUGAUAGUACUAUAAUGGUGAUCAUGGCUGCAACAAUGCUUGUUAAAAAAAAAGUUGCAGUCAUGACAUUAUAACUUAUGAAACAAGUUAUGUUUAUAGUACUUUAGUUAAAUUAGUAUGUUGCAGAUUGUUGAGGAAAAUUGAAAAAAUAAAUGGCCACUGCCAUUAUGUUUGUCGCAUUGUACAUAUAUAUAUAUAUAAAUAACUUGAAAAGAAAUGUAAAUCUUACCUUUUGUAAAUUUGCUUAUUUCUACUGUGUUCCAACAUUGAAAUGUGCAAAUGUUGGCAAAAAAUUUAAUUUGAAGAUAUUCUAUAAAAUCCAUAAAUUAUUGAGCAGUGUGAUUUGAGUGCUCGAUGUGGAGUGACUCAAUUUAAAUGUAGAUGGUUUUUAAGGCAUGAAAAGUGAAAUAUAUUUUUGAUACAGGACUGGGAGAGUUGCGGCUCAUUUGAUUUGUUGUGUAUGUUUUUUAUUUUUUGUGUCGGAUAUCGAUUGUAUAAGAGUUAAUGUUUUCCCAAUAAAUUUUUUUUCUCAAUAUCUCUCAAA